AUGUUUUCCAGCAGAAGGCUCUCAAGACCUGCUCAACCGCCGCCAUCUGCACCAAAUUCGGGAGCUCUUGCUGCUGCCACGGUCAUUGGCAAGGCUUUGAAGGAAAAUGACCACAAACCGGGUCCCUUGAAUCUGCCAAGACAGCCUCCAAGAAACACUGAGGCGCAUCGGACAGCCAGUCUUUUGGGUUCCAGACGCACCUCGAGCGUCACUUCUGCCACUAAUAGACCUGCCUCGCGUGCCGGAAGUUUCGACCAUUAUCCUUCUUCCCCCGUGGCUCAAACUAGACCCAUCAGAUCAGCCCACGCUGCUCCAAAAAGAGCACAGAGUAUGACCAAUAUUUCACAAAGAGCACAACAAAAUGGCCGUCUACACAGUCUCACAGGCAAAAACUCUACUCAUUACGAUGGGUUCGACAUGGAUUCGCCAGCAGCUUCUACUCAGCCGCGUAUGGUGAAGAAAUGGGUCCCUUCAGCUCACGGUCUUGUUUGCAUCGAGGUGCCUGCCGAGCAGCCCGCUCAAGCGGCCGCCAACGCUCGGAGGGUUGUUGCUCGGUCUGCGUCCAUGAACUCGCUUUCAAGCAGGGCCAGAAGCCAGAGAUUCGCGCCAAAAACUGGACCUCAGCUGUCGCAAAAGAAAAGUGUUCAAUCGAUGCAUACCCAAAACAAUUCCAUGGUUGUGGAACCAACUAUCGAGGAAGACGAGAGCGAAGAAGACAAGAAGGCUGUUGAGCCCUCGAAGUCGCCCGAGCCACAGUUGCAGACUAUCGUGGUGCAACCUGAAAUUCCCCAUUCUAAUGAAAUUCCAGAUGAAAAUACGUCAACAGAAUUCACCGAUGCAGAUCGGGAACUUGCCGAGCAAAAAUUAGAGGCUCUUGUGCGGCAGAAGGAACAGGAGAUUCUACAAGCUGCGCUCCAGCAGCAGGAACUCGAGGCUGCCCAGUCCAUCGGGUCGAUUUCUAACGACUCCAGCUCGCUGACUAAGAACCCGAUCAGCGAUAUGAGUCCUGUCAAGUCAGCCAUCUCUGGAUCAUCUGGCGAGUAUCCAGAACUCGACCUAGUCAAUGGAUACACCGGCCGGUCUACCGACAACCUGCUCUCCAGAGCCACUCCUGACGACUCGUUGACCACAGCAACCAGUAAUGACGUUACACUACACGAUGACGAGACAAAAACGCACGUUACCUCUCAGGAUUCCUCGCAAAGCAUGGCACAACGUCUUAGACCGACUCUGGGAGUGCAGAAACCUCCACAGUCCCCAAUUGCUCAACAGAAGGACAUUGAAAUUCCAGCCAGAUCGCCAAAGAGACCAUCCAUCAGCAAGUUGGAGGACCUGGGUGUUUCUGCCACCUCUACUCCAGAGAAAGUUCCAAAACAGGCCAACGACUCUCCGUUGGCGAAGCGCAAGUCUGUUUUGAAAAAUACACACAGUUCAUCCAAACUAUCUCUGAACAACAUGUCUGCCUCCUCGUCUGCUUACUUGUCGCUGGCCACUGCGGAGAACACGCGACUCAAUGCCAUGGCAUCGUCGUCCUCUUUGAAUGUUUCGCAACAGCCACGCGCCUCGCCUGCCACCAAGAGGUUUUCGCAGCCGGAGAAGCCAACACGCCAGUCUCCUGCAGACCACAAGGGAAUGCGUUUGAGCAUGCGUGCGACCCCGGUGCAGGCUCCUAGAUCCAGACGCGACUCCACUGGCGGUCUGCCUUCAAACCCAUCGUCGCCAGCCCAUUUGGUGGCCGCCACGCGGGCUGCCAAGCAGCACAACCCACAGCAAUUCGAGACUCCACCGACCCCAAAGAAGAGCGAGUACAAGGCUGCACCAAAGUCGGAGGCCCAGCUGCGUGCUGCCGAGCUGUACAAGAAGGCCAACGAGAAGCCUGCUCACCAGGAGUCGAUUCUGAACGUGCAGUAUGUGCAGCAGGUUGGCGUGAAGCUGGAGAGAACCUCGUCGUUUGAGAAGACGUACGAGGCCAAGCGGGCCAACAGACUUACUCUUAGAGAGGAGCCUGCGUUUGUGCAGGCCCAGGAGCAACAGCAACAGCAACAGCCACGCGGCUACCAGGCACCAUACAAGUCGCGGUUCAACGACUCUGACUCCGACCUCGAGUUUGGCGGUGCUCCUGCUCCGUCGAAUCUGAACGGCAAGCCGUCACGCAACACUCUGCGCAGCGUGAGUGCCGAGCAGCCACGGACGGGCCAGCAGGCCCAGCCCCGGUUCUUCAGCGAGCACGUCUCGCCAGAAAAGGCUCCCGAGGGGAAGAAGAAGCGGUUCGGCAAGCUGCGCAAGCUGUUUGGCAGCAAGCCGGUCAAGGCAGGCAAGAGCUAA